UGGUACCGAGAAUUGUUCAACAAAACGCGAACAUUGCGGAAAUUUAAAAGGUCACAGAAAAUGCUCGGUCGGUUUUACGUACAUUUCUGUUAUCCGUGGUUUCACGGGAACAUUGAUAACGGCGUUGUGCGGUUGGCAUUUGUGUAAUGAAUCGCUCCCUUCCACUCCAUUCUCUGCCGAAAGAGGUUAAUUGCAUUUUGUUUUUGCUCCAAAUAAACAGUUACGGUUGAAACUAGCCCGGUUUUUUGGCGACGUAGUUUACGUCUUUUUGUCGCAUUCCGCUCGGCGUCGUGGAAAAUUAGUAACAUCGAUCCGGGUGACACUUUUAUUGCUUCGAAAGGUUAUCCGCAAGUGACAGCUGCUUGGCGAAGCGGUACCGAACCUUGAAAGAGACCGAAUCGUACACGUUAGCAUGCGAGUUAUGCCGCAAGAACAUUGAAAUGUCGCGAAACAAUUUAAUCACCUCGAGAAGCAUCUCUCCGGCAAGUUUUAACAGUAUACAUUCGGACAGUGAUGGCUUAGAAAACGGACUCGCUGAAGAUGCCGUUAGAAUCAAGAAUAAUAGGCCUUCGUCGACAUCUCGAACCGCGAAAGCGAAGCGCGUGCGGUUUUACCACAACGGCAAUAAGUUUUUCGGUGGCAUCGUGGUCCCCGUCGCUCAGGAAAGGUACAGGUGCUUCGAGAGUCUCAUGGCAGAGCUGACCAAGAUAUUGAGUAAAAAUGUCACGCUACCCAACGGCGUAAGGAAUAUAUACACUUUAGACGGGAAAAAGGUAAACGACAUCGACGACUUGGAAGACGGCAAGGAGUACGUGGUGGCCGGUAAGAGCGAGCAGUUCAAAAAGAUCGAGUACUCCAGGUCGGACCCCCUGCGCACGCGCAAACCGAACCGGACAAACUCAUCGGUCACGUCGACGCCGAAAAUUAUUGCACCCGAUUGCGUACGGCCGCGCAUCGUGACCCUCAUUCGGCACGGGAUCAAACCGAGAAAGAUCAUGCGGAUCCUGCUCAAUCGACGCAACUCCUCCAGCUUGGAUCAGGUGCUGAGCGCGUUCUCGGAGUUGGCGCAGGUCGCGGUGAGGAAAGUCUACGGACACGGCGGCCAGCCCGUCACCGACCUCGCGCAGCUCUUUGGCGACGACAGCGUGUUCUUUAUCUAUGGCAAUGAGCGUCAGUCGUCGGACGAUUUCGAACUCGACUUCGAGGAGAGCAAAGCGAUCCAACAGUACAAAAAGCGCGGUUCCGGUCUCAGAAACGGGAACGCCCCCAAACCGAAGAUGCCCAACAAGGAGCUGAACAGGACUUACGAUUCGGAGGAGAGUCUGCUGAAAAAGCUGAGCAUAGAUCCGAACAUCGCGCUGCCUCCCGGUCUAAAAGGUCGUUACACCAUCGGCAAGACGGUCGGCGAGGGGUGGUUCGCGGUCGUCAGGCUGUGCCGGGAGGUCGCCAGCGGUAAGGAGUACGCGUUGAAGAUCAUCGACAAGGCAAAGUGCAAGGGCAAGGAGGACAUGAUCGAGAACGAGGUAAGGAUCCUGCGCACCGUCAACCAUCCGAACAUCAUCACCCUGUUCGGCGACCAUGACGCCAAGAACGUCCUUUAUUUGGUCUGCGAGUACGUCUCGGGCGGCGACCUCUUCGACGUCAUCACCCGCUACCAGAAGUUCACGGAGGACCAGGCGGCAUUGAUGGUGAAGCACUUGGCGUCCGCAUUGGCGUAUCUCCACGGACGCGACAUCGUCCAUCGCGACGUCAAGCCCGAAAACCUACUGGUCGAGAUGGAGGCGGACCGCGUCAAGUGCCUAAAACUGGCCGACUUUGGCCUCGCUUGCGAGGUCACCCACCCCCUGUUUACCGUGUGCGGUACCCCGACCUACGUGGCCCCCGAGAUCCUCGCCGAAACUGGCUACGGCCUUAAGAUCGAUGUGUGGGCCGCGGGCGUUAUACUCUACAUCCUGCUAUGCGGCUAUCCGCCGUUCGCGAGCCAGGACAACGACCAGGAGAAGCUCUUCGACUCGAUCCUGUGCGGCAAGUACGAGUUUCCCGACGAGUAUUGGCACGACAUAUCCGAAAACGCCAAAGAGCUGAUCCAGAACAUGCUGCAGCUGCUGCCCGAGCUCAGAUUCUCCGCCGAGGACGUCCUCGACUAUCCUUGGCUCCAGUUGGCCGAAUAGGUUUACCAAGCCAAGCGGCGAGCGUACCUAUAUUAGCAGUUGUAGGCCGUCUAGAUUCCGCCCAAAGCCUUACAGUUCCGCUCAAUUUCCUUCUCGUUGGAAGACUUUAGGAAAACAAGUUUUUUUUUUAUUGACAAGGGUUUGGCUUUAUUUGGACCGCUUCUUUUUAAAUUUCCGCCCUGGGAUUGGGGAGUCGGAGGAGGGGGCGGUUUCCCGACUUUCCCCAUUUUCGACGUUAAUUAUUAGACGAGCGAAUGCGAUUAUUUAUUGUUUUUUUUUUACCCGAGAACUUGUACAGUUUUAUUACAUAUAGAUGAUGACGUCUAUCUUUUUUAUAUCGUUGCGUGUAGCUUGUAAAUAAAUUAUUUAA